CGAAGCUCGUUGUAUUGAAAGAUUCCAUAAAGAUCUGUCCUCACGGAGCACUAUAAAUGAUCGGAGAAGAUAUGUCUCACGAAUGCAGGGAAAGUCAGGAUUUGGCCGAUCGUGCUUGGCCUAAGAACACGACCGUCGUAUACGAUAUAUUGAAAUGGUUCAAUGUGGAGACAGCUCAUCAGAUCCUCUUCGAUAAGGGAGACAAUUUUCAAUACAAUGGUCCUUUGCUGGUGUUUAAAGAUGAGGAUCUUGAAUGCCUUCGGAAUGCAGAAGCUGUCGUGGACUUAAUAUGGGAAGAUCAUCGCACGGUAGAGUCGGUGGUAUCCUCAAUUAAAUUGGAUCAAUGGGACGAUUAGCUCCCAAUCACACCCAGUGACCUUGAAACCAUCGACAACACGCUGAGAUUGAAGUCUGGUGAUAAUUUGUUGAGUGCUUCUAAUGGUUCUAAGUACACACUGAGGAGACUUGCGCAGGCUGGAAGGCAGUUUAAAGAGGCUGAAGAGAAAACAAAUCAUCGGAAUCACAAUUUUCUCCAUGAUCUCUUUUGGGCGCGUUGCUU